AUGGCCUUGAAAUCUGCGAUCCGCAAAGUGCGGAGUAACCCUCACUUCCUCUUCGUGCACUUACCGCACAUCCUCUCCUUCAUCUGCAUCGUCGCCGGCGUUGUUUGGCUCCUCCUACUCCCCCUCAAUGAUUACUCCCGACAGACCUACAUCUCCGAGAACGCGCUCCUUCCGGGUCAAGUUCACGCCUAUUUCUCCGGUAGCGAGCAACACAUCUUCCGCGGGUACAAGAAGGAGCUAGAGGGAGUACUUGAAGGACAGACUGCUGAAGGACAGGAAGCCUGGAAUGAUGCUUUUACUCCUGCUGUGUCGGAUAAGAUUCAAUCGAUUUUGAAAGCUACCGGAUUGAAAGUCGCCACGCAGAACUACGAAUACACGUCGUCAGGGAUCACGCAUCAGGGACAGAAUGUCUACGCGAUUAUUCAGGCGCCGCGAGGAGAUGCCACCGAAGCUAUUGUGCUCGUGGCGGCUUGGAAGACAGUGGAGGAUGAAUUGAACUUGAAUGGUGUUACGCUUGCGCUCACGCUGGCGAGAUACUUCAAGCGGUGGUCGCUGUGGUCGAAGGAUAUCAUCUUCUUGUUUCCGCCGGACAGUAAGGCAGGCACUCAGGCGUGGAUCGACGCGUACCAUGAUAUGCAGCCGGCGUUUGUGCAGCCCCUUCCCUUGAAGAGCGGUGCUUUGCAGGGAGGCUUGGUGAUCGAAUACCCGUUUGACCAUCGCUUCGAGUCUCUGCAUAUCCUCUACGACGGCGUUAAUGGCCAAUUGCCGAACCUGGAUUUGUUCAAUACCGCUAUAUCCAUUACCGGUGGGCAGAUGGGCAUCGGGACCAAUCUGCAGGAGAUGUGGGAUCACGAUGAUAGUUACGAGAUGCGGUUGCAGACCAUAAUGAGAGGAAUGGUCAAGCAGGGCUUUGGCUAUGCCACGGGACCUCACAGCAGUUUCAUGCCGUAUCACAUUGAUGCUAUCACCCUCCAGACGAAGGGUGAAGGCUGGCAGGAUGAGAUGGCACUGGGCCGCACAGUUGAGAGUCUCUGUCGCAGCUUGAACAACCUCCUCGAGCAUCUGCAUCAGAGUUUCUUCUUCUAUCUUCUCAUGCAGACCAACCGUUUCGUCAGCAUCGGCACAUAUCUCCCCAGCGCGAUGCUGAUUGCCGGUAACUUCACCAUCAUGGCAAUCGCUCUCUGGCUCCGGACAGGCUACUACCCUGGCUCGCAGCAAGCCUCGAAGCCCACGGAAGAACAAGUCACAACCACGACCACAACUACAGAGAAGCACGACGACAAACAAGCACCACCCGCGAAAGCAGACGCCAGUAACAACAUCAUAGAACGUCAACUGGCCCUCCCGCUCACUCUCGUCGUCAGCCUCCAUCUCCUGGGUCUAAUCCCCCUCUACAUCUUCAACAACAUCCCCCACCAGUACUACCCAACAGCAACCUACACCAGCAUCCUCGCCAACUUCAUUCUCCCCCUUCUCCUCUCCGCCACCCUAUCCCACACCCUAACCCCCCACCCACAACAAUACCACCUCAUCAAAUCCUUCUCCCUCCUCAUCCUCGGCCUCUUCCUCUCCACCCUCGCAACCCUCAACUUCUCCCUCUCCUUCAUGGUCGGUCUCCUCUGCGCCCCGCUAAGCUUCAUCCACCGCAUCAAUCCGCAAACCACCUCCCGUCCCCUCAGAUACAUCCUCAGUACGCUGGCCCUAGCGCUAUUGAAUGUGCUCUCCCCGCCUGUCGUUCUGCUCGCAGUGUGCUGGUACUUCGGCGCUGAUGUCGAGACGGUCUUAACGCAAGCCGCUUUCGGGUGGGAUGUCUGGGGCGUAUGGACGCAGGUCGUUGUUUGGUGUGUUUGGUGGCCUGCUUGGGUGGCCGGGUGUGCAUUGGUGGGAUUCUCUCUGUUCUCGUCCUGA